CCCCGGGCGGCGGCCAAGCCCCCGGCGCUCCCCGCUCCGCUCCGCGCCGCUCCGCCACAAGCACGCAGCCCCCGCGCACCUCGGACGGCGCCGCGAUGCUGCUGGAGCGGGUCCGAGCCGGCUCGGAGAAGGCAGCGGAGCUCUGCCCCUUCCCGAGGAGCCCAGAGAUCCCGCUGUGCGCCGGCUGCAACCAGCACAUCGUGGACAGGUUCAUCCUCAAGGUCCUGGACCGGCACUGGCACAGCAAGUGCCUGAAAUGCUCCGACUGCCAGACGCAGCUGGCCGAGAAGUGCUUCAGCCGCGGGGACGGCGUGUACUGCAAGGAGGACUUCUUCAAGCGCUUCGGGACGAAGUGUGCCGCCUGCCAGCAGGGCAUCCCCCCGACCCAGGUGGUGCGGCGGGCUCAGGACUUCGUGUACCACCUGCACUGCUUCGCCUGCAUCGUCUGCAAGCGGCAGCUGGCCACCGGCGACGAGUUCUACCUCAUGGAGGACAGCAGGCUGGUCUGCAAGGCCGACUACGAGACGGCCAAGCAGAGAGAGGCUGAGUCGACGGCCAAGCGGCCCCGCACCACCAUCACGGCCAAGCAGCUGGAGACCCUGAAAAACGCCUACAACAACUCGCCCAAGCCGGCGCGGCACGUCCGGGAGCAGCUCUCGUCGGAGACCGGGCUGGACAUGCGGGUGGUGCAGGUGUGGUUCCAGAACCGCCGGGCCAAGGAGAAGAGGCUGAAGAAGGACGCGGGGAGGCAGCGGUGGGGGCAGUACUUCAGGAACAUGAAGCGCUCCCGGGGCGCCUCCAAGUCCGACAAGGACAGCAUCCAGGAGGAGGGCCCCGACAGCGACGCCGAGGUCUCCUUCACAGACGAGCCCUCCAUGUCCGAGAUGAGCCAUUCCAACGGGAUCUACAGCAACCUCAGCGAGGCGUCCCCGGCCCUGGGGAGGCAGGCUGGGACCAACGGGAGCUUCGCCCUGGAUCACAGCGGCAUCCCAGCUCAGGACCAGUACCACGACCUGCGCUCCAACAGCCCGUACGGGAUACCCCAGUCCCCAGCCUCCUUGCAAGCGCUGCCGGGCCACCAGCCUUUAAUCUCCAGCUUGGUUUACCCCGACAACAGCCUGGGCAUCAUGGGACAAGGCGGACAGGGGGUGCCCCAGCCCAUGAGGGUCCUGGCCGGGAACGGACCCAGCUCCGACCUCUCCACCGGCAGCAGCGGGGGGUACCCGGAUUUUCCUGCCAGCCCGGCCUCAUGGCUGGACGAAGUCGACCACGCUCAGUUUUGAUACAGGAUCCACCACCGUGCAGUGGGAAGGGGAAGGACCCGUCGCUCUCAAACGCCGUCUGCUCCCAGAGAAAAGGCACGGACAGGCCACGAGGCGGAGCGGGGCAGGAGGGCGCUGGCACGGCGAGCGCCGACGGGCUUUCGGAGGCAACCCGGCGGUGGGUCAGCAGCAGACGGUGGUCAAAGGGAGACCACAGCAUAAGGGACGUCCGAACAAACUGGUCAUUGUGUCUUUACUAAACACCGAGACUUGUGCUUUACAGAUUUGAUAGAAGGUAUUUUGCUUUCUGUUGUCAGAGCAUUCUCCAAAGCGAGGACUUGCUUCAUCACCCAUCCACGCCGAAAACCUUUUUAAGAGAAAAUAAAGUCCUCAUCCACAGUAAAAGGUGUGACAAUGUCUAUAUUUCUAUAGGAGAAAUGUUGAUAGUGAAUCACUUCAGAAACCCAUGGUAGAAAACCUCUCUGUUCUUCCAGCAGAUUUUUUAAAAGCGCACCGAUGCGGUAUGUUUGGUUUUAUUUCCAAUUUACGCUCACUUUUCUAAAAUGAAUGCUCUUUAAUAUGCCAAUCACUGAUCAGCAACUCUUCUCCUUUGUAAAGUGAAGACCAUAUGUUAACUCUGCUUCUCAUCCUUUUAAUUUGUAGAUUCCUAGUUUUAUUCUUCCAGAUAAGCAUUAAACCGCGCAUAGCUGUAUUUAUUACCAAAUAACUACACUUUUAUCGUGAGGGCAAGAGGUGUUUUUUCUUGGCCCGGGAACACCAGUGGCUCUGGGUUGUGAAUUUCAUGUUUUUCUUUAAAAUCCCUUUGCAAGAGUUUUACUGCAAGGUGUCUCAGGCUCGUCCUGAUGUCUUGUUGCCAAAUUCCUUCCCGGAAGGGCUCUGGGCAGGGGCCGGUGGCUCCGUUUCAGCCGCUCCUCGUCGUGGCGAGCGCUCGCCUCCCUGGUGGCACUUCUCUGUCUGAGGCAUUUGUGUCAUCCCACAGAUACGGCACGAGCCGGUCGUGAGGAAAGGCAAGGCAUUAUGUAUGUUGUUACCUGUAAAAAUGGUUGAAUUUACUGUAGAUUAUGUGAACGUCCCGUGUCUUUUAUUUAUAUUCUCGCUUUCUCUCUGAUGAUCAAAUACUUCAAGACUACAAAUAAAUUUGUCAGCUAAGCUUUAAA